AUGGCGAGCCCGGCGCCGUCUGGCUUCCCCCGCGCAAAAAACAGCCGCCUGGACGCGUUCCUGAGGAGGCAUCUGCCUCCCGAGGUCUACGAUGCCAUCCGCGCCUACGAGCCGUGCAUCGUGGUAUCCGACUCAGAGAAGCACACCUUAAAGUACGUGGUGCUCAGCGACCGGCUCAUCUACCUGACCGAGAACCCGCCCAAAUCCAUCCGGCGAGUCGUGGCGCUGCGGGACGUCGUGGCCAUUGACCUGAUUGAUGAUUACCCAGAAUUUUUGAGUCCACCAGAUAGAGAAAUCAACCAACAUAUUCGUAUCAUCUAUUAUUCAACUGUUUUGAAAAAAGAGUGUGAAAAAUCAAAAGGUGUCAGAAAAUUCUUAUUUCCAUUUCAUCACGCCAAUGCUAACAACAAAAAAGUCCAAGAAGAGAAUAAUGGCCCAGUCUUUAGGAGAAGCAAAGAGCGUAGAAGGCUGAGUGAAUCCUUUUUUAGGUACCACCAAGAGAGCAGCACACCAUCCAAGGACUCAACUCUCGGCCCUCCUUCUGACCCCAAGAAGCUGUCCCUUCAUGGCCAAAGUCCCUGUCGACCCUUACCUACCCCCUCCAGGAGGAGCUGUCAGUCCACCUCAGCCACUGGCCAAGCUGUCAGUGUGCCACUUUGCACAACAAACACAAAAGAACCCCAGGGAUUUUCAGAUCACAAAGACUCUCUAAGUGAAAUCUCUUUCAAGUGCAAUGGGAACGGAAAUGAGUUUUACUUAGGAAAUUCCUCCCCAGCCUCCCCUUUACAGAGCAACCCAAACCUAGAAAAAAAGGAGUCAGAACUUCAUUUGUACGUUAUUUCCACCACCUCAUCAAUAUUUCUGCACUUAAAAAGUUCAUGGAACAAUUAUAUUAUAAAAGCUACUCUUUUACAAGAUCCCCUCUAUGUUAGUGAGCUCAGUCCUGCUACUGGAAGUCAAAAGCCAUACAGAUCUGAGGAGAAAAUUAAGCACUUCGGUCAACUUAAAUCUGAACUUUUUCUUAAAGACAAUACUCUGAGGAAGAUACUUUGUUUAAUUACGGAACUUAAAAUAGCAGCCCAGAACAACUUCAUCCUGAAAAGGCUUUUCUGGCAAACCAGUGACCUUUUCUAUUUCCUAGUGAACAAACUUCAUGAGUACUUGCCAGAGUCUAGGGAUAAGAAUGCACUUCAAAAUAAAAGCCAAAGGGCUGAUGAGCUGGUGGCGUGCAUUGAAAUUAUACAGACUCUGGGACUAAUGUUCAGAGAAACAGAAACUGAGUCAUCACGUCUGAACACAUUAGCAGCUAAGAAGGGAACAUUAUUUAAUCUCUUGGUAAUUUUAAUUAGCGAGCCUCAGAUCCCAAAAUCUUGUCCUGUGUUUGACAUCCAGUUGGUGGCUGAUUCAAAUUUAGUUGAGAUGUCUUUUGAUGCUGAGUUACAGAAGCUUGUCCUGGAAUAUACAGAUACAGCUACAGCACUUUUAUAUGAGAUACUUCUUGUCUUUCAGCAGGGAAAUCUUGGAUUGGGGUCAACGAAGUUUGCUAUUAGCUGGAUGAUGUCCUUUCUACAAAGUUGUCCUCCCAUAAUUACUUUUGUGGCCAGUAUUGUGAAACAAGUGGUGAAGGGGCUUUCAGCUUCAUAUCAGCUGCUAAGCCCUGGCCAAGCAGUUCUGCUGUACCAGCAGUUUUACAUCCUCAAGAGCUGCCUGCAGCACAGCAAGACUUUGGCGGAGUACAUUAGGAAUGACUACAGAGAAGAAUUCAGGUACUUUAUCCACAUGCCAGCCUUGGAAAAAAGGCUCCCAUUGUGUUACCCUAUUACCCAAUCUACCACUCAACUUUUCCAUGAACUUCUGAAGUUGGUUGAACAGGAACAAUGUGUGAAAUGUUCAUAAGAGUAUAAAAUGUUAGUUGGAAGUCAACUUAAUAUUUGUGAGAAACAUUUUGACUGGUUAACAUCUCGCUAUUCCUGUGUCCUAUAAACACUUAUUUGAAGGCUCCAUCAAUACCUCUCUAAGAGAAGUCUUUAAAGUUUUCGAUCUGCUACAAAAAAAAAAGAAACUAUUUAAAUACACUCACAUACAUAAAGUGGUGCACAAGACUAGUAUUUUUCUAAAAGAAAAAGUUUCUAAAGACAUAAAAACCUAUAAAGGGAACAGACGUUCAUGAAGAGCAAAUGUAGAAAGUGCACCCUGAUGAGUUUUGUUGGUGUAACAAUGGUGAGUGGUGCGAAGUCACUGAAAUAACCAGAGGUCAGUUGUUUGGAGGAGUAUAAAUUACAAAGUGAUCAUGAUAGAGAAAUGCUGGGUGAUAGGACAAAAACCUCCUUCUCCAUCUGUAAAAAUUCCAUUGACAAGUAUUCAUGGAAGAAUGAGGAGAAGACACAGGCAUAGCUAUAAAGAAGGUCAGUUCCUCAUUUAUCCCAAGGAAAGAAGCUUGGACUUUGUUCAACGUAGUUGAGCGCAUCGGGCCACCUGAGCACCCAGGCACACGUGAGCAGUCUUGUAGAGUCUCUAUGAAAGCGACACUGUUUAUAAGCAGUCAUGGCUCUCCCACUUAUUUAAAAAAUCUCUUCACUAUAUCUUUAGGCAAUAAAGUAACUUAAUCCAACAAAAAACCUUAAGUUUGGCAUCACUGUUGAGCUAUUGAAUUUGGGCUUCUAAGGACUUAGGAACUGGGUCCUCCAUUCAACUUAGGACUUGAGGGAGGAUCAGAGAAAAAUCUGCCACUAAAGAAAGAGCCCCCACACCAGGUUUUGCCUGUGCUGUGCAGUGGAGAGGGAAUUAAACUCACUCAGGACAUCUUAUUUCUGGCUCUGGCUAAGCCACUACUUAAAAGCCAGCAGUUUGACCUUAAAAAAGUCAGGUCUCCUCUCUGGGCCUCCUGUGCUAUGAGGAGGGUAGGACCAGACGGUCUCCAAGUUCUCUUCCAGCUCUAACGUUCUCUGCCUGAGACGAGACACAUCUUAAUGUUGUAACGGGGUAGUGGGCUCCUCUGCUAUCCCGGCUCAAUGGAUGAUUCCACAUUGAUUCCAAAUAAUCCUGCUUUCUUUGGACUAAAGAAAGCUGUCACCAACAUUGCCCCAGAAAGUGUCCAGA